CCGAAAACUCGUCAUGUCCGGGUGUCAAUAUGCGUCUCGGUACUGCAGCGAUAAGCAUCGGUAAGAUGUGAACGGGAAGAAAAGAUAAAACAAUUUGCCUCCAAAACGAAAGCACGGGCCGCCGACAGCAUCGACGACACUGUCAUCCUUUGUCUCCCGUCAUCCGCUAGUGACUAGCAGCGGAUUCGCCGCCGACUGUCGGCCGUAUCUGCGCGAAUGGCCGCGGAGGUUCGGAUGGCCCUCGGCCGGGGCUGGUGCCUUCACGGCACCAUACUGCGAUAUCUUCUCUUCAUCACAGCCCUCAGCGGACUGGUCCGUCUCCCCGCGGCCACGGAGGCGAAGGAGUGCGAUAAAACGUGCUUGAACGGCCAGUGUAACACCGCCAGUGGCGUGUGUGUGUGCGAGCCGGGAUGGGUCGGGGAGCAAUGCCAGCACUGCGGCGGCCGCUUCAGGCUAACGGGACCCUCAGGCUAUCUCUCGGAUGGACCAGGAAACUACAAAUACAAGACCAAGUGCACAUGGCUUAUUGAGGGACAGCCGAACUCAAUCCUGAGGCUUCGCUUUGAGCACUUUGCCACAGAGUGCAGCUGGGAUCAUCUGUAUGUGUAUGAUGGAGACUCCAUCUACUCUCCUUUACUCGCUGCCUUCAGUGGUUUGAUUGUUCCUGAGAGCUACAGCAAUGAGACUGUCCCAGAGGUGGUGGCACAGUCUGGUUUCGCCCUGCUGCACUUCUUCAGUGACGCUGCGUAUAAUCUCACCGGCUUCAACAUGUCCUACGG